AUGUGUUGUCCGGUUGAUGUUUUGGUGGACACAGCUGGGGCAGAGAUGCAGUUCCGACUGGAUCACGAUUGCAGGUUAAGACCUGGACAGGAGGACAGUACCUGGCAUUUAGUGAUUUUAGGGGCAAUAUGCCAGGGCACCAAGGCCAUUAACCAAAAUAGCCAAUUAAAAACAGUAGAUAUUCUGUUAAGAAAAACAUUUGUAUGUAAAUGUACAUCAAUAAUUAUCCUACAUGUUAAAGUAUAGGUGAUAGACUAUGGUAUUGGCUACAGCCUCUCAUGUCCACACCGAUGCUGACAUGAGGGAGGCACCAGAAAAUGUAGCCAAACUUUAAUGAGACUUUUUAUUACAUAUCAAUUAAUAUUCAAGGCAAGUUUUUUUCAGAUAGGAGAGAAAGGCUAGUGCCUGUUGCGCACCGCCCCAUCACCCAGGAAAGGGGAGUGUACAUACUGUAAAUAAUACAUACAGUGGGGAGAACAAGUAUUUGAUACACUGCCGAUUUUGCAGGUUUUCCUACUUACAAAGCAUGUAGAGGUCUGUAAUUUUUAGCAUCUCAAGGUCCUGGAGUGGCCUAGCCAGUCUCCAGACCUGAACCCAAUAGAAAAUCUUUGGAGGGAGCUGAAAGUCCAUAUUGCCCAGCGACAGCCCCGAAACCUGAAGGAUCUGGAGAAGGUCUGUAUGGAGGAGUGGGCCAAAAUCCCUGCUGCAGUGUGUGCAAACCUGGUCAAGACCUACAGGAAACGUAUGAUCUCUGUAAUUGCAAACAAAGGUUUCUGUACCAAAUAUUAAGUUCUGCUUUUCUGAUGUAUCAAAUACUUAUGUCAUGCAAUAAAAUGCAAAUUCAUUACUUAAAAAUCAUACAAUGUGAUUUUCUGGAUUACAGACCUCUACAUGCUUUGUAAGUAGGAAAACCUGCAAAAUCGGCAGUGUAUCAAAUAAUUGUUCUCCCCACUGUAUGUAGGGGAGUGUACAUACUGUAAAUAAUAAAUAUGUAGGGAAGUGUAGGCUACAUACUGUAAAUAAAACAUACUUAGGUGAGUCCCCUAUGCAUAGAUCCAGGAGUUUUUCAACUUACCUGACCAAACGCUAAGGCCUUGUUAAAGACUAUCUUCAGGGCUAAGAUUUUUUCCUGGUUAGGUCACAUGGUCACGGAACUCUCCAGGACCUUUGAAAAACUCUAGGACCUAAACAUCGUUUUCAACUAGGGGUCAUGUGGGAAAACUCCUGAUCCUUAACCCCCCCUCCCCCCCACCACAAUGAGGAAAUACUGGAGAAUAACUAAAUGUUCCCCUCCCUACCCCACAUAUCACCCCCUCCUCCUCCGUCUCUUAUCCCCUCAUCCCUCCCGACCUCCCACCCUCCCCUUCCCUCCCUCCCUAUCUUCCACCAGGAUGAGGAGCGGAGGCGGCUGGAGGUGCAAGGUGUGAGGCCCAGGGGGGGUCUGGAUCUGACGGGCCUGCAGGCCCACGAGGCUCCCUGGGUCCAGGAGAGAACCCUACUGCAGCAGGAGGUCCGGUUGUUCAGACACAACACCAUCGUCUUCUACAUGAAGCUACGCUGGAUCCUCAUGCACUGGAGGCUGGGGAAGAGGCCAGAGACAGGGGAGGAGGCAGCUCACUCAGAGGUGAGACGACUGGCUUGAGGUAGAGGCUGAACCACGGGUAGUUUAGUCUGGAGGCUGGGGAGGAGGCCAGAGACAGGGGAGGAGGCAGCACACUCAGAGGUAGGGCCAUGCACAGACCUCUUUAUUUAUUUAUUUCAACAUUUACAGGCCUCUUUAUUUUUCUGCAACGACACACUCAUGACACACAAGCAAGUGCCAGUGACUGCUAGGCCUUUUAAGUUGAGACGACUUCGAGACGAUAAACUUCCGGAAAAGAGUGGCUAUCAGCUGAUAGCGAAUGAUGAUGUAAAUCUGCCAGCUGGUUAGAUAGUUAGCUAGUUAGAUAGUUAGCUAGUUAGAUAGUUAGCUAUACUGUCAAAACAAACAAGUUUUUACUUGAUUUUAGUUUGUUCUGCUGUUGAAAUCUGCCUCUUACUAACAGCCCCCUUCUCUAACCCUAACAGUGCUGUUUAAAUCUGCCUCUUGCUAACAACCCCUUUCUCUAACCCUAACAGUGCUGUUUAAAUCUGCCUCUUGCUAACAACCCCUUUCUCUAACCCUAACAGUGCUGUUGAAAUCUGCCUCUUGCUAACAACCCCUUUCUCUAACCCUAACAGUGAGAUGACAAACAUGACAGAUACAACUCAAAAGUAGCCAACUAGCUAGGCCUACCUACCAGUGUUCAAACUCUCCGCCCGCCACCCGUAGCCACACUGCAUGGAGCAGUCAGAUGAUGGGCCGGAGUGCAGGGAAUGGGGAAUUUACUGAGGUGCAAUUCGUUACAUUUCAAAUUAAAACAUUGAAAAGAGACUCAAAAUAAAUUAAAAAGUCAUUCAUAGGAGGGCAAAAAGAUAGAAGCUCCAGCACUGGAUGAGCCCUAUCUGUUGUCGUGACAUGACUUUCAUUAAUCUGAUGGAUGUUAUUUAUCAAAUCAACUAACUAUGUUUAAUUGUUACUCAAUUUAAAUGAGUCAUGUAACAAUUAACUCAUUAGGAUUUGGGGCACCACGGAAUAACUUGUUUAUAGAGCUACCAUCUCCCGAAUUAAACUCUAAAGGUCUUUACCUUUUCAAUAUGUAUAUAACAGUCAACCUAUUAAUUAUUACCUCUUAUCAGUCGUCAUUCUGAACGGUGGUAGACUUCUUGGAUCUGCACAAACCCCAGCUUUACUUAUUGAUUCAACACUACGCAAAUUGGUUUAAUUAUUUAUUUUCUAGCUAACUAAAUAAUAACACAGAAUAAAAUACAUACUUAAUACAUGAGAAAAAGUCCCUAGCGGACUAACAACAACAUGACUGCUUAGUUACCAAAAGAGGGCGGGGUAGAGAACGAGAGACACAACACUUAUCGUACAUUUGGAAACUACGUUCACAGUAAUCCUUUACUUUGCACACGAACCACCGCCCGUUUGGAGUAAGAAAUCAUGAAUGUAUUUAAGUGUUUGAAUGCCUUCAUUCGCCGUUCAUCUCUGUCGGACCAAGCCUUCAUGAAAAGGGUUUGGCUGGUUCUCCGGUGGGUCACUUGUAAGGCUCUGAUUGUCCACAAGAGGUCACAAUGUCCUUCUUCUUCUUAGUUGUCCUGGUGUGUAGUGGAGUCUCUCCAGAACAGUUACUUAGCUGUCCCAGUGAUUGUCUGAGAGGGGAGCUUUCUUCUCCUCCUCGUGUGGUCAGUCAGAGUUUGAACCAGCUGCAGCCUGGCGAUGUUCGGUUCUAGUCUGAGAGCUGGUCUUCUUCACCUCGUGUUGAGGUUCAACGUUCCAACCAUUUUCAGACGUGUAGCGACCGCUCCACAUCUUUCUGGUCUACUGUUAAUUUCGUUACCAAGGCUUUUUAUGCACUCUGGUUAAAAGGGCGUUCCGUCAUGCUGACAUGCUCUCUGAGCUCACGCGGGGCGUGGCUACUUACUUGUGCAAAGUUUAUAUGAAAAACAAUUAUCUCAUUAGAAAACUAAAAUCACAUUCCUAUCUUAACAAAGAUACUUUCCUCAUUUUUCAUAUUAUAUACACAACGUAUUGGAUGGAAAACUUGACAGAUAAAGGAGAUAUUUUUUUCCAAGUUACAGUAUUUUCUUGAUACCAUUCUUAAUGACAUCACGAAAGAAUAAACAAUAUGACAUGAUUGUUCUUUAGGUCCCAACAUUCUGAUGUUAGAAAUAUUGUUCCAGUGUUUACUUUUUGGACGUUACGGUUUUGGCGGCAAAAGUAUUCUGGAGACAAAGGGACAUUCCAAUCACCAAUACUGGAGGGGUACAAAGAGAUUCCCAUCCUGCCUAAUUUACGACCGGGUGUGAGGUGUCAAAACCGGCCCAGUCCCCCCCCCCCCUAUUCUGUGGGUGAGACAGGGUCUGAAUAUUGUCCGCCAUUGCCAAGCUGAUCUGAGCCCUUGGAUCCUCACACUGGGCAGUCAUCGCACUGUUCACGUGCCCGCUCAGGAGUUCCAGCACUGGCUGAGCCCUAUCUGUCACGUGCCUGCUCAGAGGUGAGACCUUUUGGCUUGAGAUACUUAGCCAACCCUUCUCCUACAAUCCUAACCAUCACCGUGAAAACAUUUCUGACAGUGGUUCGGGAACAGUUUCUCCAGAGGCACUCCACACAGACUCUCAACCAUCCAAUCAAUCAAACAAACAAACCAUGAGUCAGUCAAUCACUUAGGAGAGUAUGAUUGAUCUGAGUACAUUUGGUUAGAGCAGGAAGACCAAUCAGUGAAUAACAGGGCUGGAGCAAAAGCCUGCAUUCCCAGUAGUUCUCCAGAAGGAGGGUUGACAUCUAGCUCAAAAUCACUCAAUCGAUAAUCAGUGCAGGAUUGAGUCGUUUGAUUGGUCAACUGAGUGAUUGAUUGACUGACUCAGUUAGUUGGUUGGUUUAAUUCAUUUACUGCUCCUCUUCUAACCUUGUUAUCCCUUAUCUUGUCUGUCCCAGUAUGAGAAGUUGGAAGGUAUUCCGGAGCUGGGGGUGAUCUUGGCGCAUGGAGAGGGAGAGACGGAGAGAGAGGACAGGGACAGGUCGUGUACCCAGCUACCCCAGAGAGACAGCCCCGACCCCGACCCCGACCCCACAACCCAACUCCCCUCCCCUGAUCGCCUGCAGCACCAGAGACAGGUAGGGUGCCAUGGAUUUCUCUCUGUUGCUACACUCAAAAAACCUGAAUUAAAGAGCACUUUAGAUGAGUACAAGGUCGGUUCAAGUACAGUGGAGUUCAACGAUCCCUAUCCAAAUAAUACUAUUUACUGGCUCUGCAUACAGUAUCUGCAUGUUGCCAUCCCAGCUACUGGGGCGGCAGGUAGCUUAGUGGUUAAGAGUGUUGUGCCAGUAACCGAAAGGUCGCUGGUUCUAAUCCCAGAGCCGACUAGGUGAAAAAUCUGUCGAUGUGCCCUUGAGCAAGGCACUUAACCCUAAUUGCUCCUGUAAGUCGCUCUAGAUAAGAGCGUCUGCUAAAUGACAAAAAAAAAAUGUUUAACAUAAAAAAAUAAAAAAUAUGUUGGCCAGUGAACAGACAUUCGUCCUUUGCAGGAGGCAGUUUCUCUCACUGAGUAGAAACUUGAUUCCAGUUCCUGUUAUUGUGAAUAGCUAUAGUCACCAGUUGUAUUAGAAUACGACUUCAGCAUGAAUCAUUAGUGAAAUACAGAGGCAAAAUAGUACCUCUUUCAUAUGGCUAACAUGUUAUUUCCUCAGGAUAGAUAUCAACCAGCUUCAUGAUUUCUCUCAGUGUGUUGGAAGUAGAGUAUACAGUAGAAUACAGUUAAUUUGAAUUACUAUCAUUCAUAAUUAAGAUACAUGCAUUCUACUUGUUAGCUGAACUGUGAAGAAGGAACAAUGUAUCACAGUCAAAGAGAAAAUAGUCUAUCACUCAGCAGGCGUAGUGUGUGGGGGGGUGUAUGUCAUGUUUUAUUAACAGGAUCUAAAGUGCUCUCUGCUGUCUACUGUUGUGAUUUCUUCAACUUGACAGAAAUGGUUUGUACACUGAUCUGAAAAUGGAGCUGCUUUAAACCCCCAAACCAUUAUUCACAAACAGUUCCCAAAGCAGGCCAUGUUAGCAUUUACCACCAGGAUGAAAACAUCAAACUCUGUUUAGUAAAAGCGUGUAAAGAGUGUUAAGAAGGAAGUCUGUAAAGAAUAAAAAAUAUUCCAAAACAUGCACAUCCUGUUUGCAACAAAGAACUGAAGUAAUACUGCAAAAACAAAUUGGCAAAGCAAUGAACUUUUUGUCCUGAAUACAAAGUGUUAUGUUUGGGGCAAAUCCAAUGCAACACAUUACUGUAUACCUCUCUCCAUAUUUUCAAGCAUAGUGGUGGCUGCAUCAUGUUAUGGGUACGCUUGUCAUCGUUAAGGACUGUGGAGUUUUUUUAAGAUAAAAAAAGAAACUGAAUGGAGCUAAGCACAGGCAAAAUCCUAGAGGAAAACCUGGUUCAGUCUGCUUUCCACCAGACACUGGGAAAUGAAUUAACCUUUCAGCCUUUUAGCAGGGCAAUAACCUAAAACACAAGGCCAAAUCUACACUGGAGUUGCUUACCAAGAAGACAGUGAAUGUUCCUGAGUGGCCGAGUUACAGUUUUGACUUAAAUCUACCUUAGAAUCUAUGUUAAGACCUGAAAAUGGUUGUUUAGCAAUGAUCACAACCAAUUUGAGCUUGGAAGAAUUUCGAAAAUAAUAAUGGGCAAAUAUUGUACCGUCCAGGUGUGGAAAGCUCUUAGAGACUCACCCAGAAAGACUCACAACUGUAAACGCUGCCAAAGGUGCUUCUACAACGUAUUGACUCAGGGGUGUGAAUACUUACGUAAGUGAGAUAUUUUCUGUAUUUCAUUUUUCAAUAAAUGUGCUAACAUUUCUAAAAACAUGUUUUUCACUUUUGUCAUUAUGGGGUUAUUGUGUGUAGAUGGAUGAGAAAAAAUAUAAAUGUAAUCCAUUUUGAAUCCAGGCUGUAGCACAACAAAAGGUGGAAUAAGUCCAGGGGUAUGAAUACUUUCUGAAGGCGCUGUAUGUCGCCUUUAGAAAUAAGGUUAAUGAAGUCAAUACCUUGCUAACAUCGGAUAAUGUUCAUACACUUUUAACUCACUUAGAUCAUUCAUUUGAUGUAACAGCAGUAGCAGUACAAGGAUAUAACAACUACAGAAUCAAAUCAAAUCACAUUUUAUUGGCCACAUGCGCCGAAAUACAACAGGUGCAGACAUUACAGUGAAAUGCUUACUUACAGCCCUUAACCAACAGUGCAUUUAUUUUUUAUAAAAAUAAAACAACAACAAAAAAGUGUUGAGAAAAAAAAAGAGCAGAAGUUAAAUAAAAUAACAGUAGGGAGGCUUUAUAUACAGGGGGGGGGGGGGGGGGGGGUGCAGAAAAGACAGGGGGGAGGUGCUGCUGCGGUAAACGUUCAGAGCCAUAUUCCUGUAAAGCUUAGAGAGGAUCUCAUGUCUAAUGCUGUUGAAGUGUUGUGGUUGCAAGUUCGCCUGCUUCGUCUAAAGCCUCUUUAUGUGGGGUGCUGCUGUAGGCCACCAAGUGCUAACAGUCCAGCACUUGGAUAAUAUGUGUUUAAUCCUUUGAUAGUGUGUGUGAUAUUAACAGAGAGGUCUAUUUUCUGAAGAGGAAGCUUCUAACUGUAGGCUUAGGCCUGUAAUAUGACCCAGGUUAUCACUCACUCAACUCAACCAACUAGAGUGCAUAUCAAUAGUGUUGGAUCUGUGACAUCCACUUGUAUUGAUCAUAUAUUCACUAAUGCUGCAGGGCUUUGCUCCAAAUCAAUAUCAGUUCCCAUAACAUUGUGGCAAUAACAAGGAAAGCCAAAGAGCCAAAGGUUGGGCCUACUGUAGUUUAUAAGAGAUCAAACAAAAUGUUUUCAAAGGACUCUUUUGUUGAAGAUGUAAAAAAUGUAUGUUGGUCUGAUGUGUAUGAGGAAGUUAAUCCAGAUGCAGCACUGGAGGUAUUUGUAAAAGUACUCAUGCCAAUUGUUGACAACCCCAUGCACCUGUUAGAAAUCAACUGUGAGAAUUGAUAGAGCCCUCUGGAUUGAUGAUGAAUUAUACAGGAGGUGGACAGGCUGCUCAGUUCAUUGGUUGACAGACUGUAAAUUGAGACAUUUUUUGACUAAACUUAACAAAAAGAAGAAGAAAUUAUAUUACCAAACCAAGAUAAAUGACAUAAAACACAAUGGAAAAAGACUUUGGAAUACCUUAAAUGAUAUCAUGGACAGAAAACCCAAUUAAUCUCCAUUGUUCAUUGGAGUUGAUGGGUCAUUUAUAAUAAAACACUUUCGAUAUUGCCAAUAAUUUCAAUGGCUAAUUCAUAAGUAAAGUGGAAAAACUCAAGUGAAAUGACAACAUUGAACAGUGAACCAUAAUAUUUUUGUAUAAAAUAUAUAAUAAUGAAAGAGAAGGAUUGCUGUUUUGAAUUUGGUCAAGUAAGUGUUGGAGAGGUGGAAAACUAGUGUUAUCCAUCAAUAAUGAUAAGCCACCAGGUACAGACAACCUAGAUGGGAAACUAUCUAGAAUGGUAGCAGACUGUAUUGCCACCCCUAUUUGCUAUAUCUUUAACCGAAGCCUAAAGGAGGGGGUGUGUCCACAUGAAGCUAAAGUAAUUCCACUGCCUAAAAAUAGUAAAGCACUCUUUGCUGGAUCUAACCGCCACCCAAUCAGUUUGCAGCCUGUUCUUAGUAAACUGAUGGAGAGAAUUGUGUUUGACCAAAUACAAUGCUAUUUUUCAGAGAACAAGUUAACUACUGACUCUCAGCAUGCAUUUAGAGAAGGGCACUCAACUUGCACUGCACUGACUCAGAUGACAGAUGAUUGGUUAAAAUAUAUGGAUAAUAAGAUGAUAGUUGGAGCUGUAUUGUUAGAAUUCAGUGCAGCCUUUGAUGUUAUUUAUUAUCAUAAAUUGUUAUUGAAGAAAGCUCACUUGCUAUGGCUUUACAUCACCUGCCAUCACAUGGUUGGAGAGUUAUUUAUCCAAUAGAACCCAGAGAGUGUUCUUCAAUGGAAGCGUACUCUAACAUCCGAUAUGUACAGUGCGGUGUCCCUCAGGGCAGUUGCCUUGGGCCGUUACUCUUCUCUAUUCUUACAAAUUAUUUUCCACUGGUCUUACAUGAAGCUAGAAUGACUAUGCUGAUGAAUCCACACUCUACAUGUCAGCACCCAAAGCCACUGAGCUCACAGAAAUUCUAAAUAAGGAGUUACAGUCAGUAUCAGAAUGGGGGAUUAAUAAUAAACUGGUCUUUAAAUACUUCAAAAAAACAAAAUAAUUGUAUUUGGUUCAAAACAUUAUCUUAGACCUAAACCUCUACAGGAGUUGUGUAUAAAGGGUGUGACCAAUGUUGAAGAAGCUGAACUCCUAGGAGUAACAUUGGAUGGUCAGUUAUCAUGGUCAAGUCAUAAUGACAAAGUUGUUGUGAAGAUGGGGAGAGGUAUGUCUGUUAAAAAAAAUCAACUGUACUAGUUGUUCACUCUCUGGUCUUGUCCCAUCUUGAUUACUGUCAGGUAAUAUGGUCAGGUGCAGCAAUGAAAGACCUAGAAAAGCUGCAACUGGCUCAGAUCAGAGCAGCACGCCUUGCCCUUAACUGCACAGAACGAACUAUCAAAAACAUGCAUGCCAGUCUUUCCUGGUUGAGGGUUGACGAGAGAUUAACUGCUUCUCUUCUAGUUUUAAUUAGAAAUAUUACUGUGAUGAAAAUUCCAGAUCCGCAUAAUCAAAUAACAUUCCAUACAUACCCCAAAAGACACACCACCAGGGGUCUCUUCACAGUCCCCAGGUCCAAAACUAAUUCACGGCAACACACAGUAUUAUACAGAGCCAUGAUCGCAUGGAACUCCCUUCCAUCUCCAAUUACUCAAGCAAACAGCAAAAUGACCUUUAAAAAAAGAUUAAACAACAUCUCAUGGAACGGCGGGACUGUGAGGGGAUACAGACACACGCACACAGAGACACACUCUAACACACACGUUAUUUUGUUGUGUUUUGGUAUUGUUUGUAUAUGGUUGUAUUUUACAUUAGUGUGACUGCCCUUGUCUAUCAGUGUCUCAGUGUUUUGUUACUUGUCAUGUUUGGUGUUUUUUGUGGACCCCAUGAAGAGUAGCUGCUGCUUCUGCAAAAGCUAAUGGGGAUCCCAAUAAACAAAUAAAUAAACAAAUAAAUAAACAAAUAAAUAAAUAAACAAAUAAACUACAGCAGAGCAGCAGAGCCCAGUGAUAACCACAUAUAAACUACAGCAGAGCAGCAGAGCCCAGUGAUAACCUACAUAUAAACUACAGCAGGGCAGCAGAGCCCAGUGAUAACCUACAUAUAAACUACAGCAGGGCAGCAGAGCCUAGUGAUAACCACAUAUAAACUACAGCAGAGCAGCAGAGCCCAGUGAUAACCACAUAUAAACUACAGCAGGGCAGCAGAGCCCAGUGAUAACCUACAUAUAAACUACAGCAGGGCAGCAGAGCCCAGUGAUAACCUACAUAUAAACUACAGCAGAGCAGCAGAGCCCAGUGAUAACCUACAUAUAUACUACAGCAGAGCAGCAGAGCCCAGUGAUAACCUACAUAUAAACUACAGCAGAGCAGCAGAGCAGCAGAGCCCAGUGAUAACCUACAUAUAAACUACAGCAGAGCAGCAGAGCCCAGUGAUAACCUACAUAUAAACUACAGCAGAGCAGCAGAGCCCAGUGAUAACCUACAUAUAAACUACAGCAGAGCAGCAGAGCCCAGUGAUAACCUACAUAUAACUACAGCAGAGCAGCAGAGCCCAGUGAUAACCUACAUAUAAACUACAGCAGGGCAGCAGAGCCCAGUGAUAACCUACAUAUAAACUACAGCAGAGCAGCAGAGCCCAGUGAUAACCUACAUAUAAACUACAGCAGAGCAGCAGAGCAGCAGAGCCCAGUGAUAACCUACAUAUAAACUACAGCAGAGCAGCAGAGCCCAGUGAUAACCUACAUAUAAACUACAGCAGAGCAGCAGAGCCCAGUGAUAACCUACAUAUAAACUACAGCAGAGCAGCAGAGCAGCAGAGCCCAGUGAUAACCUACAUAUAAACUACAGCAGAGCAGCAGAGCCCAGUGAUAACCUGCAUAUACACUACAGCAGAGCAGCAGAGCCCAGUGAUAACCUGCAUAUACACUACAGCAGAGCAGCAGAGCCCAGUGAUAACCUACAUAUAAACUACAGCAGGGCAGCAGAGCCCAGUGAUAACCUACAUAUAAACUACAGCAGAGCAGCAGAGCCCAGUGAUAACCUACAUAUAAACUACAGCAGAGCAGCAGAGCAGCAGAGCAGCAGAGCCCAGUGAUAACCUACAUAUAAACUACAGCAGAGCAGCAGAGCCCAGUGAUAACCUACAUAUAAACUACAGCAGAGCAGCAGAGCCCAGUGAUAACCUACAUAUAAACUACAGCAGAGCAGCAGAGCCCAGUGAUAACCACAUAUAAACUACAGCAGAGCAGCAGAGCCCAGUGAUAACCUACAUAUAAACUACAGCAGAGCAGCAGAGCCCAGUGAUAACCUACAUAUAAACUACAGCAGAGCAGCAGAGCAGCAGAGCCCAGUGAUAACCUACAUAUAAACUACAGCAGAGCAGCAGAGCCCAGUGAUAACCUACAUAUAAACUACAGCAGAGCAGCAGAGCCCAGUGAUAACCUACAUAUAAACUACAGCAGAGCAGCAGAGCCCAGUGAUAACCUGCAUUAGUAUGUGUAGAUCAACUUGGAAAUUAAAAGCAUGGCUUGUGUUUUGAAACAGUUGACAUUAUUAGGUAAAUGGAAAGGACCCAAUGAUAUCUUGAAUAAAUGCAUGAUCCAGUUUCAUUCUCUCUCUUUCACCUCCUCACCUUGCUACCUCUCCCUCACCUCACCUCCCCUCCCCCUCCUCACCCGUUUCCUCUCCCCUCCCUCUCCUCCUCCUCCCCUCUCGCCUCCCCUACUUCCUCCCCCGCUCCUCCUCUCUCCAGGUGGGUGAGAACCGCAGGGUGCUCCACGCGCUGCGCUCCCUGUUAGAGGAGUUCAGGGAGGAGUUGAGGGAGGAGGAGAGCAGGAGGUGCCAGCUGCAGCAAAACUACGCCAACGACAAGGCAUCCUGGGAGGUCAAAUGGGCCAAAAUGAAGUGUCACGUCGCUCAGGUAACUCUAAUCCAGGCACACACACACACACACACACACAGAGAGAGAGCUACGCCAACGACAAGGCAUCCUGGAAGGUCAAAUGGGCAGAGAUGAAGUGUCACGUUGCUCAAAGUAACUUACUCAAGAUGUCUGCCUUAAAGAGACAGCAGCACUGGGACUUAAUUACUACUCACAGUAAGUAUAUUGAUACAAAUAAUGAGUUCAUGUAGGCCUGAAGGUACUCUUGGCUCCUGAGAAGUGAAAGGGCGGUGAUGAAGUGUGAUGUUGCUCAGGUACACAGAUGGUGCUGUCUGCAGUUAAAGGGCCCAAACAUGUGUCAUACCUUCCUCUUGUCCUUGAGGUUAUCAAUUAUCAAACACAGUCACAGAUGAUGCUGGCCACCUUAAAGAGACCGCAGCACUAAGACAGAUAUAACUACAGUGAGGUUCUUCUUGACUCAGGACAGUCAGUUUUGUCUGAGUAGAACCAACUGUGUCCGUUCAUAAUCAGUUUUUGUGUUUGAGCUCCAACAUUUCGACUAAACCCAGCGAGCCAACACAAAUGAUAAAUGUCCUUAUUGCGUAUCCGUUCAAUCAUUUCUUCUUUGUUCAGAGCAGUCUUGCAUAUUAUUUCCUAUGACGAUGAGAAUGUUUGAUAUUCCUCCACAGAACACAGGCUGGCUGGAGGGCAUCUUCUUCUGGUUCACUUUAACAACUCCUUAGAAAACAAUGUGGAGUUUUCUGUAUUCUGUUACAGUGCUGUUUCACAAUACAGGCUGCUGAAAAUACUUUUGUCAGUACCCAAGUAUAUCACAGAUAUCUGUUCAAACACAAAUAACUUCAUCUAAUAACACAUAUCUAUCAAACUAUCAACCUGAUUGUAGUCAGGUGAUCUGACAGACUGAUUGUAGUCAGGUGAUCUGACAGACUGAUUGUAUUCAGGUGAUCUGACAGACUGAUUGUAGUCAGGUGAUCUGACAGACUGAUUGUAGUCAGCUGAUCUGACAGACUGAUUGUAGUCAGGUGAUCUGACAGACUGAUUGUAUUCAGGUGACCUGACAGAAUGAUUGUAGUCAGGUCAUCUGACACAGACAGAGUUUCUCCUGGUCAGGAAAAUGACCCAUCCUCAUACUCCGCCACAUUGUUAUGGAUUGUUCAUCAACUGAACUAAUAUAUUGUCUGUCUGUUAUGUGUUCAACCAGCUGGAAGAGGAGAGACAAGAAGAGAAAGGAGAGGAGAGAGGAGAAGCCAGAGGGGAGGCACAGGGAGGAGGAGGAGGAGGAGGAGGAGGAGACCCAGACGGGGCCUUUAAGCAGGAGCGAGAGGAGCACCGUUGCCUCCUGGCCGAGAGCCACAGCACCUCCCUGGACCUCCACUGGAAGCUGCAACACGGAGAGAAGAGGUGGGGGAGGGAGAGGAGAGACCUGCUGGAACGCUUCGACCAAGAGAGACAGGAGUGGGACAGCAACAUGAGAAACAUGCACCACAAGAUGGAGAGGGUGAGGAGGGGGAGGGGGAGAGGAGGGAGAGGAGGGAGAGGAGGCGAGAAGAGGCGGUUUUUAGAGGGGGAGAGAGGGAGAGGAGGGAGAGAGGGGUAGAGGAGGGAGAGAGGGGGAGAGGGGGAGAGGAACUCUGUCUGAAACUACUGAGAGCAACUCUCUCCAUAUUCUGUAGCCACAUCACCCUGCCAGAGACUACUGAGAGCAACUCUCUCCAUAUUCUGUAGCCAACAUCACCCUGUCAGAGACUACUGAGAGCAACUCUCUCCAUAUUCUGUAGCCACAUCACCCUGUCAGAGACUACUGAGAGCAACUCUCUCCAUAUUCUGUAGCCACAUCACCCUGUCAGAGACUACUGAGAGCAACUCUCUCCAUAUUCUGUAGCCACAUCACCCUGUCAGAGACUACUGAGAGCAACUCUCUCCAUAUUCUGUAGCCACAUCACCCUGUCUGAAACUACUGAGAGCAACUCUCUCCAUAUUCUGUAGCCACAUCACCCUGUCAGAGACUACUGAGAGCAACUCUCUUCAUAUUCUGUAGCCACAUCACCCUGUCAGAGACUACUGAGAGCAACUCUCUUCAUAUUCUGUAGCCACAUCACCCUGUCAGAGACUACUGAUGUAAUGUUAGAAUGCAAAUCUUAUACAAAGUAUGAAACUUCGUAACUGAAUCCCUUCCUUCCCCCCUCUCUCUCUUCCCCUCCCUCUCCUCUCCUCUCCUCUCCUCUCCUCUCUCUCCUCUCUCUCUCCUCUCUCUCUCCUCUCCUCUCCUCUCCUCUCCUCUCCUCUCCUCUCCUCUCCUCUCCUCUCCUCUCCUCUCCUCUCCUCUCCUCUCCUCUCUCUCCUCCCCCCACAGCUGCAGGGAGAGCUUGACGUACGGAGGGGCAGUGAGGGCUCACCAUCCAACGUGAAAGACGGGGAAACAGCGGGAGGACACAGGGGUGUCUUUCCCCCCCAGGAGAGCCCAUGUAAGGCCCCUCGCUCCCCAAGGUCCCCCCGCUCCCCUCGCUCUGCCAUCCCCGGCCCGGUUUCCCUUCCCUCCCACUCCCACUCGGACUCGGAGGCCCAUGAAGACAAGGGGGCUGUAGUGAGGUUCAGAUGCCCAACAGAGAACCUUUUCCUGGACGCUCUGACACUGGACUCCCUGGGUGGCCUGGAGGCCCCACCUCCCUGCAGACUGGACUCUGACAAGAGGUUCCCUUGUAUGAACCAGGUGAGACAUGUCAGACUCUGGGUGCGUCCCAAAUUGCACCCUAUUCCCUAGAUAGUGCACUACUUAUGACCAGAGCCAUAUGGGUCCUAAAGUAGUGCACUAUAUAGGGAAUAGGGUGCCAUUCUCUGGUCUAAAGUAGUGCACUAUAUAGGGAAUAGGGUGCCAUUCUCUGGUCUAAAGUAGUGCAAUAUAUAGGGAAUAGGGUGCCAUUCUCUGGUCUAAAGUAGUGCACUAUAUAGGGAAUAGGGUGCCAUUCUCUGGUCUAAAGUAGUGCACUAUAUAGGGAAUAGGGUGCCAUUCUCUGGUCUAAAGUAGUGCACUAUAUAGGGAAUAGGGUGCCAUUCUCUGGUCUAAAGUAGUGCACUAUAUAGGGAAUAGGGUGCCAUUCUCUGGUCUAAAGUAGUGCACUAUAUAGGGAAUAGGGUGCCAUUCUCUGGUCUAAAGUAGUGCACUAUAUAGGGAAUAGGGUGCCAUUCUCUGGUCUAAAGUAGUGCACUAUAUAGGGAAUAGGGUGCCAUUCUCUGGUCUAAAGUAGUGCACUAUAUAGGGAAUAGGGUGCCAUUCUCUGGUCUAAAGUAGUGCACUAUAUAGGGAAUAGGGUCCCAUUCUCUGGUCUAAAGUAGUGCACUAUAUAGGGAAUAGGGUGCCAUUCUCUGGUCUAAAGUAGUGCACUAUAUAGGGAAUAGGGUGCCAUUCUCUGGUCUAAAGUAGUGCACUAUAUAGGGAAUAGGGUGCCAUUCUCUGGUCUAAAGUAGUGCACUAUAUAGGGAAUAGGGUGCCAUUCUCUGGUCUAAAGUAGUGCACUAUAUAUGGAAUAGGGUGCCAUUCUCUGGUCUAAAGUAGUGCACUAUAUAGGGAAUAGGGUGCCAUUCUCUGGUCUAAAGUAGUGCACUAUAUAUGGAAUAGGGUGCCAUUCUCUGGUCUAAAGUAGUGCACUAUAUAGGGAAUAGGGUGCCAUUCUCUGGUCUAAUGUAGUGCACUAUAUAGGGAAUAGGGUGCCAUUCUCUGGUCUAAAGUAGUGCACUAUAUAUGGAAUAGGGUGCCAUUCUCUGGUCUAAAGUAGUGCACUAUAUAGGGAAUAGGGUGCCAUUCUCUGGUCUAAAGUAGUGCACUAUAUAUGGAAUAGGGUGCCAUUCUCUGGUCUAAAGUAGUGCACUAUAUAGGGAAUAGGGUGCCACUUGGGACGCAGUCCAGGAAUGUCUAAAAGUAACAGCUCACCCCUAAAGUGUUCUUUAGGGCGUUUUCAGACCUCAAAAGAGUGGUCUUCUUCAAUAUUGGUCCAGUGCCGGGUUUUGGUCCAGCCCUGCACUAACACUGCUGUGUGUGUGUGUGUGUGUGUGGGUGUGUGCGUGCGUGCGUGCGUUUGUGUGUUACUUCAGGUGCUGAAUGAGAUCCCAGACAGAGAAGACCCGUCUAUGUACCAGGAAGAGGAAGAGAUGGGUUUUGGUAGCCUGCUCAGGUAACUGACUUCUUCCUGCUUACCUCAACCAAUCCUUGUUGUUUUACUGUAACAACCAAUCCUUGUUGUUUUACUGUAACAACCAAUCCUUGUUGUUGUUACUUUAAGGGUUCUCAGUGAUUUACCUGGAUUCAUCCAAAUGAUACAUUACUGGUAUUGUUUCCACUUAUCUUAUCUACACAGGCUGCCAUUUUAACAUUUACAAUAGGAAUGCUUUCUGCUUUUGACUGUUGUGUACUCUGAACUCCCCUCACUGUAUUUUAAACAAGUCUACUGUACUUAUAAAUCCUUUGAGUAAAGAAAUGACUGCUGUUAGAAGUGAUAUUUCCUGGUGGUUUGUGUUGAAGCAGCUCUUAGUGAUAUUUCCUGGUGGUUUGCGUUGAAGCAGCUCUUAGUGAUAUUUCCUGGUGGUUUGUGUUAAAGCAGCUCUUAGGGAUAUUUCCUGGUGGUUUGCGUUGAAGCAGCUCUUUGUGAAAGAUCAUAAUGGUACAUGAUCCAAGUCAUCGCAGCCUGACAAUUAAUUAUUGAAUCAUUUUAAAGCGAUCCCUGAUUAAAUGAAAUGAAACCAUUAACUGGCCUUUAUCGAGAGAACAAACAAGAUGUUUUUAUACUCUUUUUGUAGUUUCAAGAAAUUGGGAACAGUGAAGAGGCUGUAACAUGUUGUUUAGACAAGAGAUAUCAGAGAGACAGUCCUACCUGUGCUGUUUAUCUCUGACCGUCCUUCUCUACAUCUUUCUUCUGUGGAACAGUAGUGGAUCCGUGAUGCUGAAUCCUCUCCUCUUCUCUUCUGUCCUUUUAUUGUUCUGUCCUCUCUCCACUCCUCUCCCUUGUUACAUUGUAUGAUAAUGUAAUUGUUAAACGUUUUAUUGAAACCUUUGCUCUCCCCCUCCACAGGGCUAAGUCGGUCUGUUCUAUGAGUGACUUCCAGCGUCUAAUGGACAGCUCUCCCUUCCUGCCUGACAAGAGUCGUCAUGGUGACCGCGGCCGUGACGAUGUGACUCCGCCGCUGUCACCUGACGACCUGAAGUACAUAGAGGAGUUCAACAGUAAGGGGUGGGACUUCCCCGGCCCUGGCCCCUCCCCGACACCAGGCCACCACACCCCCACAGCCAUGGAAACCUGGGCAGAACGGCCCAUUUCAGGUACUGAUGUUGCUUGCUCAUGGUUUAAUGCUGUCUGUUUUUUACCAUGACUGUUUUUUUUUGUUUGUUUUGUUUUGUUGUUACAAUAAAAAACAAACACAAACAUCCACAACAUCACAUCUGCCCAGAUCCACCUGCUCACACCCCCAUCUCCAUCAACCACAUCACACCUGCCCAGACCCACCUGCUCACACCCCCAUCUCCAUCAACCACAUCACACCUGCCCAGACCCACCUGCUCACACACCCAUCUCCAUCAACCACAUCACACCUGCCCAGACCCACCUGCUCACACCCCCAUCUCCAUCAACCACAUCACACCUGCCCAGACCCACCUGCUCACACCCCCAUCUCCAUCCACAACAUCACACCUGCCCAGACCCACCUGCUCACGCCCCCAUCUCCAUCCACAACAUCACACCUGCCCAGACCUGCCUGCUCACACCCCCAUCUCCAUCCACAACAUCACACCUGCCCAGACCCACCUGCUCACACCCCCAUCUCCAUCAACCACAUCACACCUGCCCAGACCCACCUGCUCACACCCCCAUCUCCAGCGCCUGCAUCACUCUCCGCCACUUGGCCUCAAACUGCACCAUUUUGUUUCUCUCCGUGGCCCACGCACUUUCCAUUGUCUUAACAAUGGCGGAUUGGUUGAUAUCCAGUUUUUAAGUCUACAUUUUUCAAGAUGAUUGACAAGAAAAGUAUUGUCCAACCCAUCGGGUAUCUCACUGCACCCUCAUAUGCCAUGUCAUUUACAUUGUAAUACUUCUGACAGCCAACAUUCUAACUCCGGCCAUAACUUUUGGACUUGAUAGCAUUCCCAGAAGGCAUGGAUUAUUGAGUCAUUGUUAGUUUUACACUUAAGACAUGACUCUGCCGUUGUGCUGUAGAAUUUGUGAAUGUUGUCUCUUGUGUAAUAAAUUAGUUUAUACUGGAUUAAUCUUACAUUUUUGUUAACUGUAAUUUAGUUCUGUCCCAACAUUCCCUCCACCUUGUGCCACUAUCAGUUCUUUUAAAGUCUUGGUUCCAAUAGGUUAUAUAUAUUUUUUAAGAGAUUGUCAGUUGGAUCGGCUCUCUGCAAGAUUUUUUAUAUCUUACCUAUCAUAUGAACAUCCUUUUCUGACUCAAAUAGGGUUUCCUCAUGAUUACUCUGAUGUCCAAAAUAUUUCAAAUCGAGAUGUCUUGAUAAGAAACUUUUAAGUUGCAUGUACUUGGAAAAAUCUACAUUGGUCAGUCCAAAAUUCCUUUUUAAUUCUGUCAUGGAAAUACAUUUAUUUCCUAUUACCAAGUCAUUUAACAAUUUCUAUGUCUUUAGAAUUCUGAAAAGCUGUCCAAGGAUUGUUCCAUAGGGCUUUGUUUUUAGGCAGUGAUGGUUUUUUAUCUCAAACUUUUUAAAAGUUUAAUUCUAAUUCUAAUCAUUCCACAUUCUCUCUCUGCCUCUCUCUCUCUCUCUCUCUCUCUCUCUCUCUCUCUCUCUCUCUCUCUCUCUCUCUCCUCUCUCUCUCUCUCUCUUUCUCUCUCUCUCUCUCUUUCUCUGACUUCCAGAACCAUUCCAGCCGGCCUCGUGGUUCCUGACCACCAGCACCCGAUCCAGCCCAGAGCCCCCCUGCCCACCCCACUGCCAGCGCUCCCCACUCAGGGGCAACGGGGGUGACGUAGGGGGGGGGAUAGGGGUCCACGUCUCCCACAGCCCCACCCGAUCUCCCGGGCCCCCCGAUCAAGACUACCUGUACCCCAAAGGAAACAAGGGGGGUGGGGGUGUUGGUGAGGUGGCGGGUGACUCCGGGAUUGGGGGGGUAGGAGGUCCAGACGAGGUGUUUGGUGAUGGUAGGUGGCCUCCCUCCUGUCAUAAGGAGUUAUUAGAGGGUGUGGCGGGACUGCGGGGUCCCUCUGGGGGGGGUCCCAUCCCCACGGUGGGGUACGCCUCGUCUCUGGGGCUGCAGCUGUCACGGAACCUCAGUGAUGACAUGAAGGAGGUGGCCUUCUCCGUUAGGAAUUACCGCUCAGGCCCCAGCACCUCGGACCACCUGGAGCAACAGAGACAGGUCUGUUGACGUUGUUCAUCCAUCUAGUCUGUUGUCUGGUUGUUCAUCCAUCUAGUCUGUUGUCUGGUUGUUCAUCCAUCUAGUCUGUUGUCUAGUUGUUCAUCCAUCUAGUCUGUUGUCUGGUUGUUCAUCCAUCUAGUCUGUUGUUCAUCCAUCUAGUCUGUUGUCUAGUUGUUCAUCCAUCUAGUCUGUUGUCUAGUUGUUCAUCCAUCUAGUCUGUUGUUCAUCCAUCUAGUCUGUUGUUCAUCCAUCUAGUCUGUUGUCUAGUUGUUCAUCCAUCUAGUCUGUUGUCUAGUUGUUCAUCCAUCUAGUCUGUUGUCUAGUUGUUCAUCCAUCUAGUAUGUUGUUCAUCCAUCAAGUAUGUUGUCUAAUUGUUCAUCCAUCUAGUCUGUUGUCUAGUUGUUCAUCCAUCUAGUCUGUUGUUCAUCCAUCUAGUCUGCUGUCUAGUUGUUCAUCCAUCUAGUCUGUUGUUCAUCCAUCUAGUCUGUUGUCUAGUUGUUCAUACAUCUAGUCUGUUGUUCUUCCAUCUAGUCUGUUGUCUGGUUGUUCAUCCAUCUAGUCUGUUUUCUGGUUGUCCAUCCAUCUAGUCUGUUGUCUGGUUGUUCAUCCAUCUAGUCUGUAUUUCAUCCAUCUAGUCUGUUGUCUAUUGUUCAUCCAUCUAGUCUGUUGUUCAUCCAUCCUAGUCUGUUGUCUAGUUUGUUCAUCCAUCUAGUCUGUUGUCUAGUUGUUAAACCAUCUAGUCUGUUGUUCAUCCAUCUAGUCUGUUGUCUAGUUGUUCAUCCAUCUAGUCUGUUGUUCAUCCAUCAAGUAUGUUGUCUAAUUGUUCAUCUAUCUAGUCUGUUGUCUAGUUGUUCAUCCAUCUAGUCUGUUGUUCAUCCAUCUAAUCUGCUGUCUAGUUGUUCAUCCAUCUAGUCUAUUGUCUGGUUGUUUCAUCCAUCUGUCUGUUGUUCAUCCAUCUAGUCUGUUUUCUGGUUGUUUCAUCCAUCUAGUCUGUUGUCUGGUUGUUCAUCCAUCUAGUCUGUUGUUCAUCCAUCUAGUCUGUUGUCUGGUUGUUCAUCCAUCUAGUCUAUUGUCUGGUUGUUCAUCCAUCUAGUCUGUUGUCUAGUCCUUCAUCCAUCUAGUCUGUUGUCUGGUUGUUCAUCCAUUUCGUCUGUUGUCUAGUUGUUCAUCCAUCUCGUCUGUUGUCUAGUUGUUCAUCCAUCUAGUCUGUUGUCUAGUUGUUCAUCCAUCAUGUCUGUUGUCUGGUUGUUCAUACAUCUAGUCUGUUGUCUAGUUGUCAUCCAUCUACUCUGUUGUCUAGUUGCUCAUCCAUCUAGUCUGUUGUCUAGUUGUUCAUCCAUCUAGUCUGUUGUCUGGUUGUUCAUCCAUCUAGUCUGUUUUCUAGUUGUUCAUCCAUCUAGUCUGUUGUCUGGUUGUUCAUCCAUCUAGUCUGUUGUCUGGUUGUUCGUCCAUCUAGUCUGUUGUUCAUCCAUCUAGUCUGUUGUCUAGUUGUUCAUCCAUCUAGUCUGUUGUCUAGUUGUUCAUCCAUCUAGUCUGUUGUUCAUCCAUCUAGUCUGUUGUCUAGUUGUUCAUCCAUCUAGUAUGUUGUUCAUCCAUCUAGUCUGUUGUCUGGUUGUUCAUCCAUCUAGUCUGUUGUCUGGUUGUUCAUCCUUCUAGUCUGUUGUCUGGUUUUUCAUCCAUCUAGUCUGUUGUUCAUCCAUCUAGUCUGUUUUCUGGUUGUUCAUCCAUCUAGUCUGUUGUCUGGUUGUUCAUCCAUCUAGUCUGUUGUCUGGUUGUUCAUCCAUCUAGUCUGUUGUCUAGUUGUUCAUCCAUCUAGUCUGAUGUCUGGUUGUUCAUCCAUCUAGUCUGUUGUCUAGUUGUUCAUCCAUCUAGUCUGUUGUCUCGUUGUUCAUCCAUUUCGUCUGUUGUCUAGUUGUUCAUCCAUCUCAUCUGUUGUCUAGUUGUUCAUCCAUCUAGUCUGUUGUCUAGUUGUUCAUCCAUCAUGUCUGUUGUCUGGUUGUUCAUACAUCUAGUCUGUUGUCUAGUUGUCAUCCAUCUACUCUGUUGUCUAGUUGUUCAUCCAUCUAGUCUGUUGUCUAGUUGUUCAUCCAUCUAGUCUGUUGUCUGGUUGUUCAUCCAUCUAGUCUGUUUUCUAGUUGUUCAUCCAUCUCGUCUGUUGUCUGGUUGUUCAUCCAUCUAGUCUGUUGUCUGGUUGUUCGUCCAUCUAGUCUGUUGUCUGGUUGUUCAUCCAUCUAGUCUGUUGUUCAUCCAUCUAGUCUGUUUUCUGGUUGUUCAUCCAUCUAGUCUGUUGUCUAGUUGUUCAUCCAUCUAGUCUGAUGUCUAGUUGUUCAUCCCAUCUAGUCUGUUGUUCAUCCAUCUAGUCUGUUGUCUAGUGUUCAUCCCAUCUAGUCGUUGUUCAUCCAUCUAGUCUGUUGUCUAGUUGUCAUCCAUCUAGUCUGUGUUCAUCCAUUAGUCUGUUGGUAGUUGUUCAUCCAUCUAGUAUAUUGUUCAUCCAUCUAGUCUGUUGUCUAGUUGUUCAUCCAUCUAGUCUGUUUUCUGGUUGUUCUUCCAUCUAGUCUGUUGUCUGGUUGUUCAUCCAUCUAGUCUGUUGUCUAGUCGUUCAUCCAUCUAGUCUGUUGUCUAGUUGUUCAUCCAUCUAGUCUUAUGUCUGGUUGUUCAUCCAUCUAGUCUGUUGUCUAGGUGUUCAUCCAUCUAGACUGUUGUCUGGUUGUUCAUCCAUCUCGUCUGUUGUCUAGUUGUUCAUCCAUCUCGUCUGUUGUCUAGUUGUUCAUCCAUCUAGUCUGUUGUCUAGUUGUUCAUCCAUCUAGUCUGUUGUCUGGUUGUUCAUCCAUCUAGUCUGUUGUCUAGUUGUUCAUCCAUCUAGUCUGUUGUCUGGUUGUUCAUCCAUCUAGUCUGUUGUCUGGUUGUUCAUCCAUCUAGUCUGUUGUCUGGUUGUUCAUCCAUCUAGUCUGUUGUCUGGUUGUUCAUCCAUCUAGUCUGUUGUCUGGUUGUUCAUCCAUCUAGUCUGUUGUCUGGUUGUUCAUCCAUCUAGUCUGUUGUUCAUCCAUCUAGUCUGUUGGUUAGUUGUUCAUCCAUCUAGUCUGUUGUCUAGUUGUUCAUCCAUCUAUUCUGUUGUCUGGUUGUUCAUCCAUCUAGUCUGUUGUCUGGUUGUUCAUCCAUCUAGUCUGUUGUCUAGUUUUUCAUCCAUCUAGUCUGUUGUCUAGUUGUUCAUCCAUCUCGUCUGUUGUCUGGUUGUUCAUCCAUCUAGUCUGUUGUCUGGUUGUUCAUCCAUCUAGUCUGUUGUCUGGUUGUUCAUCCAUCUAGUCUGUUGUCUAGUUGUUCAUCCAUCUAGUCUGUUGUCUGGUUGUUCAUCCAUCUAGUCUGUUGUCUAGUUGUUCAUCCAUCAUGUCUGUUGUCUUGUUGUUCAUCCAUCUAGUCUGUUGUCUAGUUGUUCAUCCAUCUAGUUUGUUGUCUGGUUGUUCAUCCAUCUAGUCUGUUGUCUGGUUGUUCAUCCAUCUAGUCUGUUGUCUAGUUGUUCAUCCAUCUAGUCUGUUGUCUGGUUGUUCAUCCAUCUAGUCUGUUGUCUAGUUGUUCAUGCAUCAUGUCUGUUGUCUUGUUGUUCAUCCAUCUAGUCUGUUGUCUAGUUGUUCAUCCAUCUAGUUUGUUGUCUGGUUGUUCAUCCAUCUAGUCUGUUGUCUAGUUGUUCAUCCAUCUAGUCUGUUGUCUGGUUGUUCAUCCAUCUGUUGUCUAGUUGUUCAUCCAUCUAGUCUGUUGUCUGGUUGUUCAUCCAUCUAGUCUGUUGUCUGGUUGUUCAUCCAUCUAGUCUGUUGUCUAGUUGUUCAUCCAUCUAGUCUGUUGUCUAGUUGUUCAUCCAUCUAGUCUGUUGUCUGGUUGUUCAUCCAUCUAGUCUGUUGUCUGGUUGUUCAUCCAUCUAGUCUGUUGUCUAGUUGUUCAUCCAUCUAGUCUGUUGUCUAGUUGUUCAUCCAUCUCGUCUGUUGUCUAGUUGUUCAUCCAUCUAGUCUGUUGUCUGGUUGUUCAUCCAUCUAGUCUGUUGUUCAUCCAUCUAGUCUGUUUUCUGGUUGUUCUUCCAUCUAGUCUGUUGUCUGGUUGUUCAUCCAUCUAGUCUGUUGUCUAGUUGUUCAUCCAUCUAGUCUGAUGUCUGGUUGUUCAUCCAUCUAGUCUGUUGUCUAGUUGUUCAUCCAUCUAGUCUGUUGUCUGGUUGUUCAUCCAUCUCGUCUGUUGUCUAGUUGUUCAUCCAUCUAGUCUGUUGUCUAGUUGUUCAUCCAUCUCGUCUGUUGUCUAGUUGUUCAUCCAUCUCGUCUGUUGUCUAGUUGUUCAUCCAUCUCGUCUGUUGUCUAGUUGUUCAUCCAUCUCGUCUGUUGUCUAGUUGUUCAUCCAUCUAGUCUGUUGUCUGGUUGUUCAUCCAUCUCGUCUGUUGUCUAGUUGUUCAUCCAUCUAGUCUGUUGUCUAGUUGUUCAUCCAUCUCGUCUGUUGUCUAGUUGUUCAUCCAUCUAGACUGUUGUCUAGUUGUUCAUCCAUCUAGUCUGUUGUCUAGUUGUUCAUCCAUCUCGUCUGUUGUCUAGUUGUUCAUCCAUCUAGUCUGUUGUCUAGUUGUUCAUCCAUCUCGUCUGUUGUCUAGUUGUUCAUCCAUCUAGUCUGUUGUCUGGUUGUUCAUCCAUCUAGUCUGUUGUCUGGUUGUUCAUCCAUCUAGUCUGUUGUCUAGUUUUUCAUCCAUCUAGUCUGUUGUUCAUCCAUCUAGUCUGUUUUCUGGAUGUUCUUCCAUCUAGUCUGUUGUCUAGUCGUUCAUCCAUCUAGUCUAUUGUCUAGUUGUUCAUCCAUCUAGUCUGAUGUCUGGUUGUUCAUCCAUCUAGUCUGUUGUCUAGUUGUUCAUCCAUCUAGUCUGUUGUUCAUCCAUCUAGUCUGUUGUCUAGUUGUUCAUCCAUCUCGUCUGUUGUCUGGUUGUUCAUCCAUCUAGUCUGUUGUCUAGUUGUUCAUCCAUCUAGUCUGUUGUCUAGUUGUUCAUCCAUCUAGUCUGUUGUCUAGUUGUUCAUCCAUCUAGUCUGUUGUCUAGUUGUUCAUCCAUCUAGUCUGUUGUCUGGUUGUUCAUCCAUCUAGUCUGUUGUCUAGUUGUUCAUCCAUCUAGUCUGUUGUCUGGUUGUUCAUCCAUCUAGUCUGUUGUCUAGUUGUUCAUCCAUCUAGUCUGAUGUCUGGUUGUUCAUCCAUCUAGUCUGUUGUCUGGUUGUUCAUCCAUCUAGUCUGUUGUCUAGUUUUUCAUCCAUCUAGUCUGUUGUUCAUCCAUCUAGUCAGUUUUCUAGUUGUUCAUCCAUCUAGUCUGUUGUCUGGUUGUUCAUCCAUCUAGUCUGUUGUCUGGUUGUUCAUCCAUCUAGUCUGUUGUCUAGUUUUUCAUCCAUCUAGUCUGUUGUUCAUCCAUCUAGUCAGUUUUCUAGUUGUUCAUCCAUCUAGUCUGUUGUCUAGUUGUUCAUCCAUCUAGUCUGUUGUCUGGUUGUUCAUCCAUCUAGUCUGUUUUCUGGUUGUUCUUCCAUCUAGUCUGUUGUCUGGUUGUUCAUCCAUCUAGUCUGUUUUCUGGUUGUUCUUCCAUCUAGUCUGUUUUCUGGUUGUUCAUCCAUCUAGUCUGUUGUCUGGUUGUUCAUCCAUCUAGUCUGAUGUCUGGUUGUUCAUCCAUCUAGUCUGUUGUCUAGUUGUUAUACAUCUAGUCUGUUGUCUGGUUGUUCAUCCAUCUCGUCUGUUGUCUAGUUGUUCAUCCAUCUCGUCUGUUGUCUGGUUGUUCAUCCAUCUCGUCUGUUGUCUAGUUGUUCAUCCAUCUCGUCUGUUGUCUAGUUGUUCAUCCAUCAUGUAUGUUGUCUGGUUGUUCAUCCAUCUAGUCUGUUGUCUAGUUGUUCAUCCAUCUAGUCUGUUGUCUGGUUGUUCAUCCAUCUAGUCUGUUGUCUGGUUGUUCAUCCAUCUAGUCUGUUUUCUAGUUGUUCAUCCAUCUAGUCUGUUGACUAGUUGUUCAUCCAUCUCGUCUGUUGUCUAGUUGUUCAUCCAUCUAGUCUUGUCUAGUUGUUCAUCCAUCUAGUCUGUUGUCUGGUUGUUCAUCCAUCUAGUCUGUUGUCUGGUUGUUCAUACAUCUAGUCUUUUGUCUGGUUGUUCAUCCAUCUAGUCUGUUGUUCAUCCAUCUAGUCUGUUGUUCAUCCAUCUCGUCUGUUGUCUGGUUGUUCAUCCAUCUAGUCUGUUGUCUAGUUGUUCAUCCAUCUAGUCUGUUGUCUAGUUGUUCAUCCAUCUCGUCUGUUGUCUGGUUGUUCAUCCAUCUAGUAUGUUGUCUGGUUGUUCAUCCAUCUAGUCUGUUGUGUAGUUGUUCAUACAUCUAGUCUGUGUUUCAUCCAUCUAGUCUGUUGUCUGGUUGUUCAUCCAUCUAGUCUGUUGUCUGGUUGUUCAUCCAAUCUUCAAUAACUUAGUUGAUCUGCGUAGUUUCUUUUAUAUAGUCACUGUCUGUGAGGUUUGUACAGUAUACUGUCUUUGUGAGGUUUCUAUAGUAUACUGUUUAAGCUUAGGAGAUCAUCUCCUUACCUGUGCAUAUCACUUAGUCUUUCACUCGUCUGUUUAACUUACUCCACAGCUCCGAGACACGGCGUGUCAGACAAAUGGUUUUACCACUCGGGGUACCCAGACCACUCUGACCAUCAGUGUGGGACUACAGACAGACAUCCUCCGCACCCUCACCAGCUCCCCCCACCGCUGCCUCACUCCUAAAGGAGGCAGCUCAACCCCCAUCUCCUCCCCUUCCCGAACCAUCCGCAAGAUACAGUACUCUCCCGUAGUCCAGUCCAAGUUUGAGCGUCCAUGUUGUUCUCCUAAGUACGGCUCCCCUAAACUCCAGAGGAAGCUGUCAACGUCAUCGAAGGCUGACCUCCCAGGUGGGGCCUCCAGCUCCACGGCCGGCACCAGGGCCCCUACCCCCACCACCCCCCAGAAGGGUGCCUCUGAGUCGGCCUGGGCUCGCUCCACCACCACCAGGGACUCUCCGGUUCACACCACCAUCAACGACGGCCUGUCUUGUCUCUUCAACAUCAUAGACCACAGCCCCGUGGCCUACGAACCCCCGCAGUGCAAAUUCACCAAGUCCCCCAGCCGCUCCCGCCCCACCCCCCUUGACCCCUCACCUCCUGGUGGUCCCAGUCUACCCCCUUCAGAACCCAAAGACCCGAGAUCCCUUGGAGCUGUCCAGGAGUUUCUGAGGAAUGUCCGUGGGCGUUCUCCUAGCCCGGUGCAGCUGAUAGUAGAGGCUCAGGGAGGGCCGGGGGGAACAGGAGGGGAGAGGACACCAGAGGUGCUCAGUAUACGCCAGGACCUGUCUGCCCCGCCUGGAUACACCCUGGCAGAGAACACAGCCCGCCUGCUGAACAAGAAGUUGUUGGAGCAGAGCUUCAGGGAGGAGAAGAGGCUGGGGUCUGGAGGGACUGGAGGGUCGUCAGCCCAGGGCCAGGGAGGCUACACGGGAGACGGGCGUCAGGCAGAGGGAGACAGGAACCAGCCUGGGUGUUUGGAGGUAAAUACUAACACCUACUGGAUUUACUGCUUAGUGUAUAUUAGGAUCGCUUUUAGGUCACCUGUUGGUCACCUGUUGGUCACCUGUUGGGUGUGUUCUUUCCUAGAGUCCCAGAAAUACGCAAUUAAAAACCAAAAUAAACACUAACUAGGAUAAGAAAAUAACAUUAAAAUGUUUUCUUAUUUACAUUUUUAUAACUCAAUGCUGGUGUUUUUUUCUGUAAAUACUAACACUCUACUAACUGGAUUUGUUUGUUGUUUAUAUUUGUUGUUUGUUUAUUAGCCCCCCAUUGGGCUAAAGACCCAGACAACCAAAAUUAAAACCAAAAACAAACUCAAUUUAGGAAAUAAUCAUAAUAAAAUCAAAUACAUUAUAACUCCGUGCUGGUGUUUUCUUCUCAGAUCAAAAAGCAUUGACUGACACAAUGGUAAUGUUAUGGUAAUGUUUAUUAUUUACAGUAUUUUACUGUAUUCUAUUGUAUUCUACAGUAUUCUACUGUAUUUUGCCAUAGUUCAGUAUAUAUAAUUGUGCUUCUUUGUUUCUUCUCUAUACUGGAAUGUUCUGACUCCUUUUGACUCCUAUCACUCUGCUUCAGCCACCCACCACCCAUUCAGUAUCACUCUGCUUCAGCCACCCACCCCCCAUUCAGUAUCACUCUGCUUCAGCCACUCACCACCCAUUCAGUAUCACUCUGCUUCAGCCACCCACCACCCAUUCAGUAUCACUCUGCUUCAGCCACCACUCACCACCCAUUCAGUAUCACUCUGCCUCAGCCUCCACUCACCACCCAUUCAGUAUCACUCUGCUUCAGCCGCCACUCACCACCCAUUCAGUAUCACUCUGCUUCAGCCACUCACCACCCAUUCAGUAUCACUCUGCUUCAGCCACCACCCACCACCCAUUCAGUAUCACUCUGCUUCAGCCACCCACCACCCAUUCAGUAUCACUCUGCUUCAGCCACCACUCACCACCCAUUCAGGAUCACUCUGCUUCAGCCACCAACCACCACCCAUUCAGUAUCACUCUGCUUCAGCCUCCACUCACCACCCAUUCAGUAUCACUCUGCUUCAGCCACCACCCACCACCCAUUCAGUAUCACUCUGCUUCAGCCACCACUCACCACCCAUUCAGUAUCACUCUGCUUCAGCCACCACUCACCACCCAUUCAGGAUCACUCUGCUUCAGCCUCCACUCACCACCCAUUCAGGAUCACUCUGCUUCAGCCACCACCCACCACCCAUUCAGUAUCACUCUGCUUCAGCCACCACUCACCACCCAUUCAGUAUCACUCUGCUUCAGCCUCCACUCACCACCCAUUCAGUAUCACUCUGCUUCAGCCACCACUCACCACCCAUUCAGUAUCACUCUGCUUCAGCCACCACUCACCACCCAUUCAGCAUCACUCUGCUUCAGCCUCCACUCACCUCCCAUUCAGGAUCACUCUUCUUCAGCCACCACUCACCACCCAUUCAGUAUCACUCUGCUUCAGCCACCACUCACCACCCAUUUAGUAUCACUCUGCUUCAGCCACCACCCACCACCCAUUCAGUAUCACUCUGCUUCAGCCACCACUCACCACCCAUUUAGUAUCACUCUGCUUCAGCCUCCCCUCACCACCCAUUCAGGAUCACUCUGCUUCAGCUUCCACUCACCACCCAUUCAGUAUCACUCUGCUUCAGCUUCCACUCACCACCCAUUCAGUAUCACUCUGCUUCAGCCACCACUCGCCACCCAUUCAGUAUCACUCUGCUUCAGCUUCCACUCACCACCCAUUCAGUAUCACUCUGCUUCAGCCACCACUCGCCACCCAUUCAGUAUCACUCUGCUUCAGGACACUGGUAGUAUUGCAGUGACCAUAGGGAGUAGGGCUGAUUACUGGUGGUUUCUGGGGGUUACUGGUGGUUACUGGGGGUUUCUGGGGGUUUCAAACCCUGGCUAUCUGUCCUAACCUAACAUAGCAGGUUUUCAGCGGAAAAGGAAGCUAGGUUGAAUUAGCUGUAUCCCUGAAAACCGGAUACAUCCGGUUGUUGCCAAGCAAUGUGUUCAAUAUGUUGAAAAAACAUGAAUAUAACGUUUGGUUGAAAUUCUUUAAGUAAUUGCAGUAUCAGUAGACCACCAGAGGAUCAAAAAGUAGGUUAAAAGCUAUAUAGCAUUAUGAUAAUACUGUAUGUUAAAAGUGAAUGAAAACAUUACAGUGAAGCACUAAGUUAUAUUCCUACACUGAAUGUACAAAACAUUAAGAACACCUUCCUAAUAUUGAGUUGCACCUACUACCAUACCCUAUUCAAAGGCACUUACAGUGCAUUCAGAACAGCGCCGGGGAAGAUGGCUGCCGUUUUACAGCCCUCUAACCAAUUGUACUAUUAUGUGUGUUUUUCCGCGUUAUUUGUAAUUUAUUUGGUCAUAAUGUUUCUGCCAUCGUCUCUUAUAACCAAAAAGAGCUUCUGGAUAUCAGGACAGCGACUACUCACCUCGUAUUGGACGAAGAUUUUUUCUUCAACGAGGCGGCCGCGAAGGAUAUCAUACAGACACCCGACAAGGCCCAAAUCCCCGUCAUUCGCGUGAGGAAGAGACGGAGAUAUUGCGGACGCAGAUCCGGGUGCCUUGUAAGGAUCCGAUGGCGAGCGAGUAAACUGCCUCUUCCAUCAAUCCUAUUAGCCAACGUUCAAUCAUUUGAAAAUAAAUUGGACGACUUAAGAUUACGGUUAUCCUACCAACGGGACAUUAAAAACUGUAAUAUCUUAUGUUUCACCGAGUCGUGGCUGAACGACGACAAUGAUAACAUUCAGCUAGCAGGCUAUACGCUACAUCGGCAGGACAGAACGGCUGACUCCGGUAAGACAAGGGGUGGCGGUCUGUGUAUAUUUGUAAACAACAGCUGGUGCACAAAAUCAAAUACUAAGGAAGUCUCGAGGUUUUGCUCGCCUGAGGUAGAGUAUCUUAUGAUAAGCUGUAGACCACACUAUUUACCAAGAGAGUUUUCAUCUAUAUUUUUCAUAGCUGUCUAUUUACCACCACAAACCAAUGCUGGCAUUAAGAUUGCACUGAAUGAGUUGUACAAGGCCAUUAAUCAACAGGAAAACGCUCAUCCAGAUGCAGCGCUCCUAGUGGCCGGGGACUUUAAUGCAGGGAAACUUAAAUCCGUUCUACCUAAUUUCUACCAGCAUGUUAAAUGUGCAACCAGAGGAAAAAAAACUCUAGACCACCUUUACUCCACACACAGAGACGCAUACAAAGCUCUCCCUCGCCCUCCAUUUGGCAAAUCUGACCAUAACUCUAUCCUCCUGAUUCCUGCUUAUAAGCAAAAACUAAAGCAGGAAGCACCAGUGACUCGGUUAAUAAAAAAGUGGUCAGAUGACGCAGAUGCUAAGCUACAGGACUGUUUUGCUAGCACAGACUGGAACAUGUUCCGGGAUUCUUCAGACAGCAUUGAGGAGUGGUCCUCUGUAGCUCAGCUGGUAGAGCACGGCGCUUGUAACGCCAAGGUAGUGGGUUCAAUCCCCGGGACCACCCAUACACAAAAAUGUAUGCACGCAUGACUGUAAGUCGCUUUGGAUAAAAGCGUCUGCUAAAUGGCAUAUUAUUAUUAUAUUAUUAUAUUAUUAUAGGAGUACACCACAUCAGUCACUGGCUUCAUCAAAAAGUGCAUCGAUGAUGUCGUCCCCACAGGGACCGUACGUACAUACCCCAACCAGAAGCCAUGGAUUACAGGAAACAUCCGCACUGAGCUAAAGGGUAGAGCUGCCGCUUUCAAGGAACGGGACUCUAACCCGGACGCUUAUAAGAAAUCCCGCUAUGACCUCCGACGAACCAUCAAACUGGCAAAGAGUCAAUACAGGACUAAGAUUGAAUCGUACCACACUGGCUCUGACGCUCGUCGGAUGUGGCAGGGCUUGAAAACUAUUACAGACUACAAAGGGAAGCACAGCCGCGAGCUGCCCAGUGACACAAGCCUACCAGACGAGCUAAACCACUUCUAUGCUCGCUUCGAGGCAAGCAACACUGAAGCAUGCAUGAGAGCACCAGCUGUUCCGGAUGACUAUGUGAUCACGCUCUCCGUAGCCGAUGUGAGUAAGACUUUUAAGCAGGUCAACAUUCACAAGGCCGCAGGGCCAGACGGAUUACCAGGACGUGUACUCUGAGCAUGUGCUGACCAACUGGCAAGUGUCUUCACUGACAUUUUCAACAUGUCCCUGACUGAGUCUGUAAUACCAACAUGUUUCAAGCAGACCACCAUAGUCCCCGUGCCCAAGGACUCUAAGAUAACCUGCCUAAAUGACUACCGACCCGUAGCACUGACGUCUGUAGCCAUGAAGUGCUUUGAAAGGCUGGUCAUGGCUCACAUCAACAGCAUUAUCCCAGAAACCCUAGACCUACUCCAAUUUGCAUACCGCCCCAACAGAUCCACAGAUGAUGCAAUCUCUAUUGCACUCCACACUGCCCUUUCCCACCUGGACAAGAGGAACACCUACGUGAUAAUGCUAUUCAUUGACUACAGCUCAGCAUUCAACACCAUAGUGCCCUCUAAGCUCAUCACUAAGCUAAGAUCCUGGGACUAAACACCUCCCUCUGCAACUGGAUCCUGGACUUCCUGACGGGCCGCCCCCAGGUGGUAAGGGUAGGUAACAACACAUCUGCCACACUGAUCCUCAACACGGGGGCCCCUCAGGGGUGCGUGCUCAGUCCCCUCCUGUACUCUCUGUUCACCCAUGACUGCAUGGCCAGGCACGACUCCAACACCAUCAUUAAGUUUGCCGACGACACAACAGUGGUAGGCCUGAUCACCGACAACGAUGAGACAGCCUAUAGGGAGGAGGUCAGAGAUCUGGCCGUGUGGUGCCAGGACAACAACCUCUCCCUCAACGUGACCAAGACAAAGGAGAUGAUUGUGGACUACAGGAAAGAAAAUAGGACUGAGCACGCCCCCAUUCUCAUCGACGGGGCUGUAGUGGAACAGGUUGAGAGCUUCAAGUUCCUUGGUGUCCACAUCACCAACGAACUAUCAUGGUCCAAACACACCAAGACAGUCGUGAAGAGGGCACGACAAAGCCUAUUCCCCCUCAGGAGACUAAAAAGAUUUGGCAUGGGUCCUCAGAUCCUCAAAAAAUUAUACAGCUGCACCAUCGAGAGCAUCCUGACUGGUUGCAUCACCGCCUGGUAUGGCAACUGCUUGGCCUCCGACCGCAAGGCACUACAGAGGGUAGUGCGUACGGCCCAGUACAUCACUGGGGCAAAGCUUCCUGCCUUCCAGGACCUCUAUACCAGGCGGUGUCAGAGGAAGGCCCUCAAAAUUGUCAAAGACUCCAGCCACCCUAGUCAUAGACUGUUCUCUCUGCUACCGCACGGCAAGCGGUACCGGAGUGCCAAGUCUAGGUCCAAAAGACUUCUCAACAGCUUCUACCCCCAAGCCAUAAGACUCCUGAACAGCUAAUCAUGGCUACCCAGACUAUUUGCACUGCCCCCCCACCCCAUCCUUUUUACGCUGCUGCUACUCUGUUAAGUAUUUAUGCACAGUCACUUUAACUCUACCCACAUGUACAUAUUACCUCAACUACCUCAACUAGCCGGUGCCCCCGCCCAUUGACUCUGCAACGGUACCCCCCUGUAUAUAUAGCCUCCCUACUGUCACUUUAUUUUACUUCUGCUCUUUUUUUUCUCAACACUUUUUUUUGUUGUUGUUUUAUUUUUACUUUUUUUGUUUAAAAUAAAUGCACUGUUGGUUAAGGGCUGUAAGUAAGCAUUUCACUGUAAUGUCUGCACCUGUUGUAUUCGGCGCAUGUGACCAAUAACAUUUGAUUUGAUUUGAUUUGAUUCAGGAAAGUAUUCAGACCCCUUGACUUUUUCCACAUUUUGUUAUGUUACAGCCUUAUUCUAAAAUUGAUUAAAUUGUUUUUUAUUUCCUAAUCAAUCUGCACACAAUACUCCAUAAUGACAAAGCAUUUUUUCUUUUGCAAAUUUAUAAAAAACAGAAAUAUCACAUUUACAUAAUUAUUCAGACCCUUUACACAGUACCUUCUUGAAGCACCUUUAACAGAGAUUACAGCCUUUAGUCUUUUUGGGUAUGACGCUACAAGCUUGGCACACGUGUAUUUGGGGAGUUUCUCCCAUUCUUCUCUGCAGAUCUUCUCAAGCUCUGUCAGGUUGGAUGGGGAGCAUCGCUGCACAGCUAUUUUCAGGUCUCUCCAGAGAUGUUUGAUCGGGUUCAAGUCUGGGCUCUGGCUGAGCCACUCACUCAAGGACAUUCAGAGACUUGUCCCGAAGCCACUCCUGCGUUGUCUUGGCUGUGUGCUUAGAGUCGUUGUCCUGUUGGAAGGUGAACCUUCGCCCCAGUCUGAGGUCCUGAGCGCUCUGGAGCAGGUUUCCAUCAAGUAUCUCUCUGUACUUUGCUCCAUUAAUCUUUCCCUCGAUCCUGACUAGUCUCCUUGUCCCUGCCGCUGUAAAACAUCCCCACAGCAUGAUGCUGCCACCACCAUGCUUCACCGUAGGGAUGGUGCCAGGUUUCCUCCAGACGUGACGCUUGGCAUUCAGGUCAAAGAGUUAAAUCUUGGUUUCAUCAGACCAGAGAAUCUUGUUUCUCAUGGUCUGAGAGUCCUUUAGGUGCCUUUUGGCAAACUCCAAGUGGGCUGUCAUGUGCCUUUUACUGAGGAGUGGCUUCCGUCUGACCACUCUACCAUAAAGGCCUGAUUGCUGAGUGCUGCAGAGAUGGUUGUCCUUCUGGAAGGUUCUCCCAUCCCCACAGAGGAACUCUGGAGCUCUGUCAGUGACCAUCAGGUUCUUCACCUCCCUGACCAAGGCCCUUCUCCCCCGAUUGCUUAGUUUGGCCUGGCGGCCAGCUCUAGGAAGAGUCUUGGUGUUUCCAAACUUCUUCCAUUUAAGAAUGAUGGAGGCCACUGUGUUCUUGGGGUCCUUCAAUGCUGCAGACAUUUUUUGGUAUCCUUCCCCAGAUCUGUGCCUCGACACAAUCCUCUCUUGGAUCUCUACGGACAAUUCCUUCGACCUCAUGGCAUGGUGUGUGCCUUUCCAAAUCAUGUCCAAUCUAUUGAAUUUAUCACAGGUGGACUCCAAUCAAGUUGUAGAAACAUCUCACGGAUGAUCAAUGGAAACAGGAUGCACCUGAGCUCAAUUUCGAGUCUCAUAGCAAAGGGUCUGAAUACUUAUGUAAAUAAGGUCUUGUUUUCCUGUUUUCCCUCUCUCUCUCUUGCUCGAGAGAUCUAUCCGCUCUGAGCUCAUCGCUCUCUAUCACUCGCCGGAGCGUCCCCACCUCCGAAAGAGGAGAGAAGACGAGAGAGAAGCGAGAGAGACGAGAAAAGCGAGAGAGAGCGAGAGAGAGAGAGAGGAGCAGGAGGGAGAGCGAGAACAAAAGAGCAGAGAGAGAGAGAGGAGCGAAAAAAAAAAAGAAAAAAAAAAAAGAGAAAGAAAAAAAAAGAGAAGAGAGAGAAAAGAAAGAGAGAGAGAGAACAGAAAGAGAGAGAGGAGAGAGAACAGAAAGAGAGAGAGAGAGAGAGAGAAGAGAAAAAAAAAGAAGAAGAGAGGAGAGAGAAAAAGCGAGAAGCGAGGAGAGAGUAUAGAGGAGAGAGAGAAAAAAGAGAGAGAGAGAGACUUUAAGAACCCACCCACCCCCACCCCCCCCUUCCUCUCUCCCCCUCUCUAUCUGCUUCUUCUCAUCUCUGGUUUUUCCUCCCUCCCUCCCUCCCUCCCUCCCUCCCCCCUGUCCCCCUGUCUUUCUCUCCUCUGUUCUGUCUAUGCUAUUCUGCUGAUUCUAGAACCACACUGUCUUACUUACUGCUCCAUGGGGACUCUAACCCUGCUUGUCCCUGAGUGAUGUAAGUUCUUGUUUAUUUCCUGGUUCUCUGACCUAUAACCUCACGGCCGGGGGUCACAGGGUUACCAUGGACCCCUCCUCAUCUCACCUCACCCCCGCCCCCAUCAGCCAAUCACAGCAUGCCUCACAGGUCAACGACGUCGGUGGAGUCAGUGGUAUUGUAGCUGCGUUAUUAUUAUCAUCCACAUCUGUCUGUGUAGAUGUCUGCAUGAUCUAAUAUGGUAUUUCAUAUGUAAUGAUUCAUAUUCACAAAAUCAACUCCAGUGACCCAAAGAGUCAUCCGUUUUCUGUCCAUAUCUGGCUGGAUACUGUACGUCUGUCAGUGUGUUCUGCUGUAGAAGAACCAGUACUGAAAGGUUUAGUGAUGGUUUACUGUUAUAUAUAUAAAACGUAGGUGAGCUGAUUUCAAAUAACCUAGAAAACAAAACAAAGCCAUCUUCUAGAUGUGAAAACCGUCUCUAACCCCUGAGGUGGCCACAGAGAGAGAGAUGACUCUGUUGGACAUCACUGUUGGAUCCAUCCACACCACAACAACAACAACAGGUUUGAUGGUAGACGAUCUAACAUAAAAAUAGAGAAAGAAAAUCACACGCUCCAACUAUGCUCCCAAACAUUAAUAUUAUAUUAAAUAGCAAACCAAUGGUUUGGCACACAAUGUCUUCUAUGUUUGUAUAGUUUACUCUCCGUUAGUCAACACCUCUACAAAACAUUUUUGGGUGUGCGCCAGCUUCUUUCUUUCACUAGACUAUCUAACGUACAGUAACACGGUUUCUAAUAGGUCUUCUGCUCUGUCUGCGACUGUGGCUGCUGUUUUGAACCCUACUGUUCCUUGCAUUACUGUGUUGCUUUCCAUCUCUCUUCCUUUACAGUUCUCUCACCACCUUUUCCUUCUCUCACACUAACAACCUGUCUAAAGCUCAUUGGCGAAGACAGCUCUUUUAACGCGUGUGAGUGGGUAUGUGUUCUCAUGAUUGCGUGACGUCUGCUUGUGUUUCAAAUGAACUGAAUCUUCCGGAGGGGGUCAUUGACGUGGUUGCAUGCUUUAGCGGUCCGAGUCGAUGUGGUGAAACUGAAAUCAAACAUUGUGUGGUCAACAUUAUGCUGUUUUCACUGUGCAAUCUGGUCAACCUCUCGUACGCUUACAUGGUGCAUGCAGAAUGGUAGCGCUAUCCUUUGAUGUCAUGUACUGUCAUUCCGUGGGUUAUACUUGUCAUUCCGUGGGUAAUACCUGUCAUUCCGUGGGUUAUACAUGUCAUCCGUGGGUAUACCUGUCAUUCCGUGGGUUUAUACCUGUCAUUCCGUGGGUUAUACCUGUCAUUCCGUGGGUUGUACCUGUCAUUCCGUGGGUUUAUACCUGUCAUUUCCGUGGGUUAUACCUGUCAUUCCGUGGGUUAUACCUGUCAUUCCGUGGGUUAUACCUGUCAUUCCGUGGGUUAUACCUGUCAUUCCGUGGGUUAUACCUGUCAUUCCGUGGGUUUACACUGUCAUUCCGUGGGUUUAUACCUGUCAUUCCGUGGGUUAUACCUGUCAUUCCGUGGGUUAUACCUGUCAUUCCGUGGGUUAUACCUGUCAUUCCGUGGGUUAUACCUGUCAUUCCGUGGGUUAUACCUGUCAUUCCGUGGGUUAUACCUGUCAUUCCGUGGGUUAUACCUGUCAUUCCGUGGGUUAUACCUGUCAUUCCGUGGGUUAUACCUGUCAUUCGUGGGUAAUACCUGUCAUUCCGUGGGUUAUACCUGUCAUUCCGUGGGUAAUACCUGUCAUUCCGUGGGUAAUACCUGUCAUUCCGUGGGUUAUACCUGUCAUUCCGUGGUUAUACCUGUCAUUCCGUGGGUUAUACCUGUCAUUCCGUGGGUUAUACCUGUCAUUCCGUGGGUUAUACCUGUCAUUCCGUGGGUUAUACCUGUCAUUCCGUGGGUUAUACCUGUCAUUCCGUGGGUUAUACCUGUCAUUCCGUGGGUUAUACCUGUCAUUCCGUGGGUUAUACCUGUCAUUCCGUGGGUUAUACCUGUCAUUCCGUGGGUUAGGCUAUAUAACAACAGGUCCAAGUUUUUUUUAUUGUUUUUAUUUUUUAUUUUAACCUUUAUUUAACCUUUAUUUAACGAGGCAAGUCAGUUAAGAACACAUUCUUAUUUACAAUGACGGCCUACACCGGCCAAACCCGGACGACGCUGGGCCAAUCAUGCGUUUUUCUCACUGUUCAAAUAAACCUACCAUUAAAAUUAUAGACUGAUCAUGUCUUUGUCAGUGGGCAAACGUACAAAAUCAGCAGAGGAUCAAAUACUUUUUUCCCUCACUGUGUACUGUGGUCAUUAUUUGCUUUCCUGUUUUAGUCACACUUACCUUUGUUCAUACUUCUUUUCCUCUGUCUUGGGUUAUGCCUUUUUUAAAUUAUUAAAAUAAUCAUCAUUAAAAGACGUUGAAUAUAGGAAGCUAUUUUGUCUCCCUCUCUCUCUAACAUCUACUUCCUCCUCUCCUGAAGGACCUCCCUCGUUCCCCGGUGGCUCCACCCCUGGAGUCGUGUUUCCUGCGUCCGGCGAGGCCAGCCAACCGCCGUCCCCCUUCCCGCUGGGCGGCCCAUUCCCCCUCCUCCUCCCCCCGAGGCUGGCGCGAUGUCACCGAGCGGAGGUUCACCUUCCCCAUGGUGACUGGGACCACCUGUACACCGGAGCUGGACGAGACUGGAACAGGAACAGGACUGGAACCGUCGUCUUCCGCAUGA